GGAGAGCGGGAGUUCGGUGCACGCUUCCACCGUCAAGGCGCAUUUGUCACACAGAAAAACCGGAGCCGCCACCACAAAACAGCGGAACUUCACCUCAGAGCCGCCGCCAUCAUGUGGAUCCAGGUGCGCACCAUGGACGGCCGGGAGACUCACCGCAUUGACUCCCUGUCUAAGCUGACCAAGGUGGAGGAGCUGCGGGAGCGCAUCCAUGAGGUGUUCGGGGUGGAGCAGGACCGCCAGCGGCUCUUCUACCGGGGGAAGCAGAUGGAGGACGGACACACGCUCUUUGAUUACAGCGUUGGCCUCAAUGACAUCGUGCAGCUGCUGGUCCGCCAGCUCCCGCCUCCCCCGGGCCCUGCUCCGGUCUCCGCGGAGGACACCGACGACACCCCCAUGUCCGAGACUGAUCCCGAAGAGCUGAAGCCGGAGGAGCAGCCGCCCGCCGAGCCCCCCGCCCGCGGCCUGUACCGGGUGAAGGAGCUGGUGGACGCCCGGGACCUGCACAUGGGCGCCUGGUUCGAGGCUGAGGUGGUCAGUGUGACCCAGGGAACCCCUGCUGAUGACGUCAUCUACCACAUAACGUACGAGGACUAUCCUGAGCAGGGGGUGGUGCAGCUAACGGGCAAAGAUGUCAGACCCCGGGCCAGGACCAAGUUAUCCUGGGAGGACCUGCGUGCUGGACUGGUGGUCAUGGUCAACUUCAACCCAGAUGACCCCAAGGAGAGGGGCUACUGGUAUGACGCAGAGAUCCUCCGCAAAAAAGAGGGCAAAGCCUGCAAAGAGCUGUACGCUAAGCUGUUACUGGAGGGCACAGGGGACACCCCAGAUGAAUGCAAAAUCCUGUUCGUGGAUGAGGUGUUUAAAAUCGAGGUGCCGGGUACCCCAGUCCCCGCUGAGACCCUGCCUCCGAAGGAGUCUCCUCAAAAGCCCAAGACGGGUCCACAGUGCAAGCUCUGCAAGGAUGACCCCAAAACAAAGUGCCGCAUGUGUGCCUGCCACGUCUGCGGGGGCAAACAGGACCCUGAGAAGCAGCUGCUGUGUGACGAGUGUGACAUGGCCUUUCACAUCUUCUGUCUUCACCCUCCACUGUCCGCCCUGCCCGAUGUUGAUGACUGGUACUGCUCGGACUGUAGGAACGAUACCAGUGAGGUGGUGCUGGCCGGUGAGAAGCUGAAGGAGAGCAAGAAGAAAGCCAAGAUGGCGUCUGCCAGUUCAUCCUCUCAGAGAGACUGGGGUAAAGGCAUGGCAUGUGUCGGGCGCUCCAGAGAAUGCACAAUUGUUCCGUCCAAUCACUAUGGCCCGAUACCCGGCGUACCCGUUGGCACCAUGUGGAAGUUCAGGGUGCAGGUCAGCGAGGCGGGGGUGCACCGGCCUCAUGUGGCUGGCAUCCACGGAAGAAGCAAUGAUGGCUCCUUUUCUUUGGUGCUGGCGGGAGGUUAUGAGGAUGAUGCUGACGAUGGGACUGAGUUUACCUACACCGGGAGCGGAGGUCGUGACCUCUCGGGGAACAAGCGGACGGCGGAGCAGUCAUGUGACCAGAAGCUCACUAACAUGAAUCGGGCCCUGGCCCUUAACUGCAAUGCCCCCAUCAAUGACAAGCAAGGGGCUGAAGCUAAAGACUGGAAAGCGGGUAAACCCGUACGUGUAGUGCGCAAUGCCAAGGGGAGGAAACACAGCAAAUACGCCCCAGAGGACGGCAACCGGUACGACGGCAUCUACAAGGUGGUGAAGUACUGGCCUGAGCAGGGUAAAUCCGGCUUCCUCAUUUGGCGCUACCUGCUGAGGAGAGAUGAUGAAGAGCCGGCGCCAUGGACCAAGGAGGGCAAAGAGCGCACAAAGAAACUAGGCCUCACCAUGAAGUACCCUGCGGGUUACUUAGAAUCCGUUGCCAACAAGGAGAGAGAGAAGGAAAACAUAGAUUCGGAUGAACUGGAAACUCCGGUCAAAGGAAAGAGAAAAAGGAAAUCGGUCAUUGAGGAUGAUGAUGAUGAAGAGGACGACGAGGGAACGCCUAAGAAAACCAAAACCGAACUAGAGUAUGACCUGACCCCGGAGCAGAAGGAGCUGAUUGAAAAAGAUGAGAUGAACGUCAAGUUGUGGAAUGAAGUGAUGACACAUCUCCAGGAGGGUCCAAGAUUCAUCGAUAAGGUGGAGGAGACCUUUCUGUGCAUCUGCUGCCAGGAGGUGGUGUAUGAGCCCAUCACCACCGAGUGUCUGCACAACAUCUGCAAGAGCUGCCUCGACCGCUCCUUCAAAGCCUCCGUGUACAACUGUCCGGCCUGCAGGCACGACCUGGGCAAGAACCACAACAUGCGUGUGAACAAGCCCCUGCAGACCCUUCUCAGCCAGCUCUUCCCCGGCUACGAGAGGGGACGAUAAUUCCUGCUUAUUCACUGUGUCUUACUUUCCCUUCUUUGAGCAGAAAACGCUCUGUCCUUUACGACCCUAUAAGAGAUCAGAGGCCACAAUAUACGCUCCAUUCCUCUCAAGAACUCUGAAAUGACAACUUACUAGCACGCCCGUGUCUACCUGUAUGUGGGUGUGAGGCUACGCUCUCCAUGUGUGGUUCUCUAAACCUGGGAUAGACAUCAAAUCUGCAUCUUGAAGACAUCUGAAACUAAGUCCCAUAUUACAAGGGUAUUCCUAUCUCAUAUUGCUGGGCUAUGCCAUCAUGAUGGGGGGGGUGACCUCUGGGACUCACAAUGAUCUUGAAAACGAAGAGACGGCAGAGCUGGUUUAAUGCUACGUCCCUUCUGUUGUGCCCCCGCCAUCCGGGGACCUGCAGCCAGCUUAGAUGCCACGCUGCUACAGGUCUCUGCACAGGAGCACUGCUGUCCACGGGAGCAAUGUUAAAGGUGUGCUGCUCCUGCCCCUACAUUUUCACAGUCAGUGGGGUCCUAGAGGUUGACAUGUUAAUAUUCCAGUUAGAAUCGGGGAGGUGAAUACUUCCAGUGCUGCUGUUAAGAGAACUGUCCCUGAUAGGAGUGACGUAGAAAUACAGGUUUGUGUGAAAAGAUUCAUUAUAACUAGAGAUGAGCGAAUGUCAUAUUUUGACAUUUGUUCACGCUUCGUUUGUUGGUUAAAGGUGAAUUGCGUUAUGGACCAUAGCGCAAUUCUAUGACUGAAUGCCUUUAGAGGCCUUCUGUCAUAAUAGAAGACUAAUCGGCUGCAAAAUUGAUCCAUCCCGUUUCAGUUAUGCAGGGGAGUCCUCCUCUGCAUAACGGGACGGAUCAGUUUUGCAGCCCAUAGGCUUCUAGUAUUAUGGAAGGCCUCUAAAGGCAUUCAGUCAUAGAAUUGUGUUAUGGUCCGUGGUGACGGAAUCUAGAACGCAAUUCACCUUUAACAAACGAAUUUCAUAAGCUAUCUCUAGUCAUAGCUUGAAGUCCCUGCCUGUUUAUGGCUGGGGGGGGGUCCAGUUGGUCGUACUUACUGACUGGCAGCAAUGUCCUGGGGUACGAGGUUGUGACGCAGUCAGCUCUAUUUAACUAAUGAUGACUUAGCUUUAGUAUUUAGUCAUUCUGCAUUACUAAUGGUGGUGCAGCCCCCUUCAACACCACACAGACAUUAACAACGCAGACUGACCAAACAGCGCAGUCUUUAUUGGCAAAUAAGAGCCAUCUACGGCCGCGUCACAACCGUGCUGGAUGGACGUAGCCUCAGAGGGAAAGCUAGUGGUCGCUGAAUGAGACUAAGCCCAGAAUGAACACUGAUGAAUAAAUUGUAAGUAACUAUAAAUCUUUCUCGUAGCUCUACAACGUGCUGCAGAUCAGACGGCAUAUCAUAUCUAUAUUGCUGGGAGAAAACACUUAAUACUGUUUGUGCUGCCCCCUGCUGGAUUUGCAGACAUUUCCUGUCUCCGUUGUAUUUAUGCAAGGUUGUGCAAUUUUUGUGUCAGCAGAAGUGUUAAAUCCAUUGAAAUCAGAUCCUCCAGAGGUUAUUGUACAAUGUCAGAUGAAUUUUUUUUUUUUUAAGGGUGCGGCCACAUGGUCAUGUUGCUGAUAUAGUUUCUAAAACCAGGACUGAGUCCAGAAAAUGUAGUAUCAGUCCUUUUAUACCUUCUCUCCUUUUAUUAUCCAGUCAUGGUCUUCCAAAACUGCAUCAGGAAAUCUGACCAAACCCUGACCCUGGUUUCACACCUAGGCGUUUCUCAAACGCGCGUUUUUUUUAAUAGUGAACGCGCGUUUGAGUGAUUGACAGCAGUGUU